UUUAGUGAACAUUGAAUUCAGUUUAACGUCCGGUGUUUACAGUGAUACUCUGAUAUUAUAACUUUACCAUGUACGGGUUUAGUGCGCCGUUGAUGGAAGAUUAUCAAUCUCAUCAGCAACCUCAACAGUCUCAUUCUCCUUCGAGUCCGAACAAUGAGGGUCACAUUAAAAGACCGAUGAACGCGUUUAUGGUUUGGUCUCGAAUACAGCGACGCAAAAUCGCAUUGGACAACCCGAAAAUGCACAACUCUGAAAUAUCCAAGAGGCUUGGUGCCGAAUGGAAAUUGUUGUCGGAAGCCGACAAACGGCCGUUCAUCGACGAAGCCAAAAGGCUACGCGCUUUGCACAUGAAAGAACAUCCGGAUUACAAGUACAGACCGAGGCGUAAACCGAAAGGUCCUCUGACGUCGGGCCUUAAGACGAGUGUUGGAUUUCCGAGUUUGCAGUUGCCUUAUUUCCCUCCGAUGGAUACUCUUAGUAGUCCUUAUCCUUAUUUCAAUCCCGCUUUCGACAUGUCUCGUAUGGGUACCGUGCCGCACGGUUUACAUCCGACGGCCGAUAAAACUUCGUCACCGGCUGUGGUAACUUCAUUGCACUCCUCGUUAUAUUCGUCGUUGUAUCAGCAGCCUCCGCCGAAGAGUUUCGCACCGUCGCAUCACAUGGCUAUGUUUCCAUCGAUUCCGAGUUCGAUUCCGAGCCACCAGAUGAUGUACUCGGCGUCUUCGAGUCCUGCGUCGAGUCCAGCCAGCGCAGAUUUGGAAAUCAGAAGACCUGUUCCAGUAAUGUACUAGUAUAGUGACGGUAAUCGAUUUCGUAUGUGAUAGCGACUUUUUUUAGCUAUAGUUUUGCCGAAAUUGAAGCGGUAUUUUUUGUAAAUAUCUUCUUAACAAUGUUCGUUUUAUUAAUUUCGUUUAGAAAUUUAUGUUCUGUGAUUAUUGACACUUAUUAUACGCGACUGAUGUAGUUCUGUACAUACAUACGCCAUAUCUAUGUUGUAAUUAUAUCAAUAACGAAGCAACUGUACAGAGUGUAAUUGUUGACAAGUUGUUAAUUUAUUAUAUUUAAUUAGUACAAAUC